CCCAUGUGCCUGUACUGCAGCACGGACGAUUCAGUUACUCGGAUAUCUUUGGUGAGACAGAUUUAGAGGGGCUGCAGAGUGUGGGAAAUUCAGAAGCCCAUUUUUCUCCCCUCUGGUUUCAGGAUUCCAGCAGUGAAAGAGAAGAUGCGUCUUCUCGCGAUAGUCUGGGGUUUUGCAAUGAAAAGCUACGCAGGCAGUCAGAUGAAGGUGACCUGAGAACCACGGAACAAAACUUUUCUCAGUUUUCAAGGAAAUCUGCAAUGGCGCUGGAGAAUUUGAAUGAUAAUGAAACUUUAAGGCAUUCCCCGAAAACCAGCAGUCAGGGGCAUAGUACAGCCUUUAAAAAACCCGCUGAAAUUCUGACUCUGAAGGAGACGGAUAGUUCCCAGAAUCAACAGCCUCGUAAAGGAAUUCUCAAACCGACAAAUUUGCUAGGCAUUAAAGUUGAAAGUCUGCGCAAGGCCAGAUCUGUAGAGACAUUAGCCCAGAAUAGGACAGGGCAGUUGAAUUAUUCCUCGCAAGAAAUGUCAAGUGGACAGAGGGGCAGAAGAGCCUCCAUACAAGGCAAACUAUCUUCACCGUUCAGUUUAGUGCAAGGUAGGCACCAAAGGCCAGGUGCAGAAAUCAUAGAGGAGAAACUGAAAUUUUCCAAAUUUCUGGAUGAAAUCACUUUUAGAGUGCUGAGUCCACACAAUCUUCAGUCGUUAGGAGUUACUCAGUUUAAAAAUCCUUCGAUGAUCCUCUAUUCCUCUGGUCCUUACCAAAAAGUGGGUCCAGAGCCAAGGGACGUCAAAGGGGAAGUGCAAGAUGUGAAUAUUGAUGGCAUUGUGAAAGGUUCAGGUGGAAGCAGAGAUGUGUCAGAAAGAAAGAAUGGUAUGCAAAUCGGAGUUGAGUCCAAGCAAGGUUGCCAGUAUGUGGGUAGACCAACAAGUCCAGGAACAAUUGGAAAGCAAUGGGUGGCAAAGAAAGAUAGAAUUAAAAAGCACCACAGCCCUCCUUUUCGGAGAGGAAGCAUAGAAAGAUGUCCUGAGCGUGCAGCAAGAUUACUGGAAUCCAGUGGAGAGAGAGAGCAACGGAGCAACAGGCUGGGUAAAGGAAAUAAAGAGGAUGGAUUUGCAAUCCGUCAAGAGUGCAUGCAACGUCAUGAUCUAGCAGCUGGAGAGGGAGAGAAAGACAUUGAGAAAUCUCAAGGUGAUUUAAGCCCACCUCUACGUUCAGAUCAGGAUAGGCAUUUGGCAACUCUGCAAAUGGCAUCUAUCAAUGUGCAAAACAAGGAACCACUGACUGAUAGAGACCAAAUUAAACAGUUGCGGCAACAGAAUGAAGAGCUACUUCGAAAGCUGACCCAUAGCACAAAAAGGUUGGAGAUAAUGGAGGCUGACUUUGACUCCAGCCGACAUUACCUUGAGGCAGAGCUGAACCAUGCUCGGGACGAAGUGGACAAACUGAAGGACAAAUUCCGCAGAUUACAGAAUAGUUACACUGCAUCCCAACGAGCCAAUCAGGAUCUGGAGGACAAACUGCAUGCCCUGAUUAAAAAAGCUGAACUGGAAAAAAAGACCCUUGACUGGGAAAUUGUGGAACUUACAAACAAAUUACUCGAUUCAAAAACUACUAUCAACAAACUGGAAGAGUUAAAUGAACGCUACCGACAGGAUUGUAACCUUGCUGUCCAGCUGUUAAAGUGCAACAAAUCUCAUUUCAGGAACCACAAGUUUGCAGAUCUUCCUUUUGUACUUCAAGAGAUGGUGAACAAGCAUCUGCAAUCCAGUGAAGAUUUGCAACCUGGACGGGAAUCGAUCCCUACUCGUAGUUCUUCGGACGUUGUGCCAACGUCUGUCAUCGCCAGAGUGUUGGAAAAGCCUGAGCCACUCAUCCUGAACUCAGCCAAAUCCAGCAACAGCAAUCAACCAAUGGCAGAGGAUGUCUUUGUUCAUGUGGACAUGAGUGGCAGUACGAAUGGUGUGAAAAGUACAGGCAAAGAGGCAGGUCAAGACAUGAACGAGGCAGUUAUGCCCCAAAAAGGGAUGUGUAGGCGGCAGAUAUGUUCAGAGAACACGCCAGACGAGACACCCACCUUUGAGAAGCUGAACCCAUAUCCUACUCCACCUCAGAACUUUUUCCCUGGCCGCAAAGCUGUCAUUGAAUUCACUUCUGAUGAUAAGGUUAAAAUGCCAAAGAACAGUCCCUUGCCCAACUGUACAUAUGCUACCAGACAAGCCAUAUCGCUCAGUUUGGUCCAAGGAGAGGAGGAUGGGCUGGAGCGACAGCGAACUGUACCCAGCAGUCCGUCAUCAGACGGGAGGAAGUCAGGGCAGGUAACCAGACAGUACCAGUCACCAAGGUCAGACACAGCCAGAAGAACGGGCAAUCAGUUUCAAUCAGCUCAGUCAAGCCCUUUCAAUAGUCCGCCUCAAAUGUCAAGUGCAUUUGCUAGCUCAACAAGUUCGGAAGAAGAUCUACUCGCAAACCUGCAGCGAAUGUUUGUGGAGAAGGUAGCACCUGUUUCUGAAAGGGUUAUUGCCCAUCGAACAUCCUUCAGUAAUGAAAUAGUCCAAGAAUUGCAGAAUAGUUUGGGCAACAAAAUUGCUGUGGGUGAGAGGAGGCUAGCUUACUCAGAUGGAGAAGAAUCUGCCCAAAGUUGCAGUUGGACAAUGAGCCGAGAUUCCAGCCUGGAUACAGACAGCACAGAUUCUAAAUUACGGAAAAGCAAACAUAUGCUUGAUUACGGGGGUGAGUUCUCUCGGGAAGAAGGAGAGCAGCUGCUUCACACUUCAGAUGUUGAUCAGCCGGACGUACAGUGUAGUCCAGUGCAGAAGCACAAAGAAUACACUGAUACCGUCUCUGGCAACAGCUUGGUAGAAGAACGAGAAGUUCUACUCUUUGAAGACCAGGCCUCUGUGCAGGAUGAUCUGGAAGAGAUUGGAGACAAACCAUCAAUAGCUUUAGGGGGUCGGCAGAAGAGUCCAAAAAGGAUGGGUGUCCAUCACUUAUCGCGAAAGGACAGUUUAAUUAGGGCACAGGAGCAGGGCACCCUUCUGGACUAGAUCUCUGAGGUGCUAUGUGCAUUGUAGUAAACUGCUGCCAUGCAAAAUGUCACUCAGCAAAAAAAAAAAAAGAACUUCUAACUUUUUUAGUGCUUAUAGAAAUUCACAGAUCGUCUCCUAGGAAGCUGGUCAAAAGCAAACUAAUCAGCAUGUGCAGUUUAGUGAAUCUGAAUUCAAAAGGUAGUACAUCAGUAUUUUCUAAGAAAAUCAUUUUGUAAUGAAUUAAAUCUUUGCAGAAAGGAACUCAGAUUCCAGAAGAGUAUCCAUGCUGGAUGAAGGCAGGUAAUUUCUCAGCAUGUCUUGUGUUUUUAAUUUGGUUUUAAUGUCUAUUUGUACUUAAUGUCUUGUCUCCCUUGCAUGCUUUAAGAGCAAUGCAAGUGAUUGAAUAUUUUACAAUCAUAGUUUGGUUUGGCAUUAAAUUUACAGUGAUCUCUGUUAAAAAUGCCAGGUGUAGGCUUUAUUUCAAAGUUGUAGCAGACACCUGUUGGGUUUAAUUUGGAUGCAAACUUGAAUAUUCAGACCAUUUUUUAGUAUUUGUAAUUUCCCUGCCCGUUGCAUUAUAAUAUGACGUGAAUCAGUGAUUCACAUGUCUGACUCAUUGUCACCACUAAUCUCAUAGCUGCCUAAUUUAGUCCACUGAAAAAAACUGACAGUAGAUUUUUGUUUGUUUUUCUGCCAAUAAUUCUUUAUUAAACACCUUGAGUACAAAUGAUAUGCAGCUGUGCUUGACAGAGCCAAGUACAAGAUGGAAACUCUUCAGAUACUCUUGGUACAAACGUUUAAAAAUUCCAGGUUGCCAUCAAACAUAGUGCCUGCAACCCAAUAAACAGGUAAACCCAAAAUAUUACCACAUAUUCGCACUGCUACUGCCUGGGCAGGUGAUCCAAGACUGCUUGAAUCUGGAUUAAUACCAUGAGGAAAUGGAAAGUUCCCAUGGUUUGCAGCCUCGAGUGCAAAACAGGGAUGGUGGAAAGAAAGAUAUAUGAAAGCUCUCUGAUUGGAGACUGACUCCUCUGUUGAUCAACUGUAGAGAAAUGAGAUUUACAAGUCUUAUGUGGUGUGUUAUCAUUUUCCAACCAUCAAAGCAGAGCCUCCAACAUCUGCAGUGCCCAAAUCCAUCCCAGAGGUUACUUGCUGCCUCUGUGGCUUGAUUUUGUGGGACAUUCAACAGCUACCAUUCAUUUUGUAGACAGAAGAGACUGCAGAUGCUGGAUUCUGGAUUUUUUUUUAAACAAGCUGCUGGAGGAACUCCAGGGCCAGUAGCAUCUAUGGCCAGAAUGCAGUAGCUAUUUCAGGACUUGUGCAGGUGGACGGACUCGACCUGAAAAUCUAUCUGUCGAUUUCCUUCCACAGAUGCCUCCUGUUCCACUGACUCCUCUAGCAACUAUUAAUUUCCCUUUUUUUACCACCACAUUGAUCCAGGGUAUUUAUGUUCAAUAUUGAAAUUCAGAUAAAUGCUUUUGUAAAUGGAACCAGAUUGAUUUUGCUGCCAUUCUUUUAAAUUUAUUUUAAAAUAUCCAUCCCUCAGUGACAUUGUAUUGUAUUAAUUGUAUUAAUCCUCCCUGCUCAAUUCUGCUGAUGUGGGAAAUGACCUCUUUAGCUUAUUUCAUGACAGUAUUCCAUGUCUCAAGUUUUAAAAAGUGAAACAAACUUAAGUAUUAAAGGUCCUUAUCUUUUGGGUGGUUAAUGCAGAGUGCAGCCUUAUCAUUAAGCAAGAUCUAUAGUAUUAUAAAAUGAGUAUAAGCUGCCAAAUUUAGCAAUGGGUCACAAAGUAAAAUCUGUUUCACCAUUUCAUUUGGUUUCUGCUGCAAAUGUGGAAUUUGCCAAGACCACCUGGGCACUCCCACAAAACAUCCACUCCAACUAAACACACAAAUGUUAAAAUGCUGCUGGGAAUCUUCCCUCCCCAGGUGGUGCGCCACAGUUCUGUGAAACCGCUGCAAAUGGUAACUUGCUCCCAGGAGCACUCUCAAACAGUAGCACACUCCCAGGAACUCAGCAAAUAGUAACUACCUCCUGGGAACUUCCAACAAAUGAUAAUACAAUCGUAGGAGCCCUGCAAUUUGCAACAUACUCCAGGGAACACCCUCAAAUGAUAACACUCCUGGGAUCCCUACAAAUGGUAACUCACCUUCAGUAGCUUCUCAGGAAUCUCCACUGCUGGUAACAUUCCUCAGUCCUUCUCAAAUAAUAACACACAUGGGAACAACUAGGAAAGAUAACGAUUCUGGGGGAAACAUACUCUUGGGGAACGCACAAAUAAUAGAAAAACAAUCUAGCUGGUGGCUCCUCCUCAAAUAAUAUAUCGAUCAAUACAGGUUCUAUUUCCCCUCUUCCCCCCUUUUGGGCUUAUAGAGUCAUACAACUCAGAAUAUUGACUAGCUUGAAUGUAAAACUAUUGUGUAAUCAAGUCGUAAGCUUGUAGUUUGGGCCAGGCAACUGAAUUUGCCCGAUGUUUGGAAUUUUAAGUUUUACUAAUCAGUAAUUUUACUAUUUUAGGCAUGGGGUUUCCCUCUGUGAAAUCGUCCUCAUGUAAGUUGAAAUUUUAAAGAAAUGGUAAGUUUGCAUAAGGCUUGCAAACUUCACUUUAAAGCAGUUAUUUCAUGCGAUCUUGCUUUGGUUGACUGCUGGUAGCAAAAUGAAAGUUGGGCUUCACAGUAAUAAUGCUAGUUGAAGGUGGUUGCAGGUAGUGGAAGGUAGACCUUUUUUUUUCACCCAGUUUUAUUCCACCAGGGAGACUUACCUUCCACUACCUGCAACCUCCGGCAACCUCUAGCAUCGCAACCGGCUUUGACUAAAAAAUUACCGAUUUUUAAAACGGCAAUCUAUUUUUAGUUACGGCCGGUUUUGAAUUUUUUGAAAUAAUCGAAAUAUGAGUAUGAAGCUUGGCAGUAUGUUGCCUCCUCUUUCAAUAUUUAAUCACCAGCAAAAACACUGCUCAUACAUUUCUCAAUGAUUGUAUUCAGCAGGGCCUAGUAUAGGACAAGCCUUGCCUCCGGUCUGAGCAACGUCAUCAUGGUAUAGCAUUGUAGGGAGAUGCUGUUUGGCAGCAGGAAUUGGAAAUUGAUAGUCGAUCUCAAAGUUGUUGUUCACGUCAGAACUGUGCAAGCUCCCUGUUCUUUAUUUUCAAUCCAACUACCAGCAGUGAGGUUUCCCUGGUAAAGACAGCAGAUCAGACCUCAACUGGGAAGUAAAAGUAUCUUUUGAUUUUUCAGCUUAUUUCCAUUGAUUGCAAUGUGUUGAGGUAAUUCAGCCAGGAACACUAAUUUUAAAAUAAAUACAAUAGUUAGUUAAGUUAAUAUUUUAUUAAUUAUGUUUCAAUUCGGUGUGGUGCUUGGGACAGGGACCAGAGUUCACUGCAGAUGUACGAAUGUAAUGUCAUCAAUUCCUCUCAUCAACAGCCUACACUGCUAAGAUUCACAGCAGCAACCCAUCAAUAAAAUAAAUGGAAUGGAAAUUCCGGGUAAAGGGUCACAUAACCCACAUCAGUGAGACUCCAGGUGUGACACUGACACUAUUACAUUCCACACGGGUGUGAUACUGACACUAAUACAGCCCACACCCAGUGUGACUCUGACACUAAUGCAGCCCACACCCAGUGUGACUGACACUAAUACAGCCCACACCCAGUGUGACUGACACUAAUACAGCCCACACCCAGUGUGACUCUGACACUAAUACAGCCCACACCCAGUGUGACUCUGACACUAAUACAACCCACACCCAGUGUGACUCUGACACUAAUACAGCCCACACACAGUGUGGCUCUGACACUAAUACAACCCACACCCAGUGUGACUCUGACACUAAUACAACCCACACCCAGUGUGACUCUGACACUAAUACAGCCCACACCCAGUGUGACUCUGACACUAAUACAGCCCACACCCAGUGUGACUCUGACACUAAUACAACCCACACCCAGUGUGACUCUGACACUAAUACAGCCCACACCCAGUGUGACUCUGACACUAAUACAACCCACACAGGUGUGACACUUGAACUGAAUGCAUCUCACACCCGGUGUGACACUGACACUAAUACAGCCCAUAAAAAAGGAUACUCCUGGUGUGACACCAUCUGCCAUUCUUGUUCACAAGUAUUGUAGGGAAUGUCUGUGUUGAGAGCAAUGAGUUUCUCAGUGUGUCUCUGUGCCUGUGUACCCCUGAGAGUAUUUCCAGCAAAGGUUUCCCAUCUAGUCAGGGAUAUGUAGAACUGAUUGACCACAGGAUGUUUCACUGAUAUCCAUUCUGCCUUAAAGCAAAGCAGUUUCUCAGUGUUGUAAACCAUCAGCUCUGUACCUAGCUGCUGCUUGUCCUCCUCCAGCACCAACUCGUACAUCAGUCAUAUGUUAGUGAGGUGUCUCUUUGUAAAAUGACUGAAAUGGUGUCAGGAGGUGUAGCUUCAUUGUUUCACCUCUCCCUGACUGAUGGCAGCGGAACCUGCUGGCAAGGGUGGUGAGGUGGACAGUGUAUAUCUGAGAGGUUGAUUAAGUCUAGGAGAAAAUGGAAUAGAAGAAUUACUCGAGGAGAAUACAUGAAGGAUUAUGUCUAUAAUGGCCUCGUUGCACAUUUGAUGAUGGCUCUGCAGUUGGAUUUUCAGCUACUGCUGCUGACGAUCUCUGGCAGCAAUAAGUGGAAUGAAAGAUGCCCCAGCACAGGAUAUUGGUUAGAAACAAGGAACUGUACAUGCGGGUUUACAGAGAAAGACACAAAGUGCUGGAGUAACUCGGGUUUGGCAGCAUCUCUGGAGAACGUAGAUCAAAGAUGUUUCAAGUCGGGAACCUUCUUGACUGAUUGUUGAUCGGGGGGAAGAGAGAGUAGGUACUGGUAUUAGGUUGAUACAGAUGAAGGGGUUUUUUUGAUGUGGAUAGUUGGACAAAGGCCAGAGAUGAAAAGACAGAAGGAAUAAGACAAGAUUGGAGAGUUGCUAAAUGUGAAGCUAAAGGAAGGAAUGUAGUUGGAAGUGCAUGGAAGGGGAGAAAUGGAAGGUAGACUAAAGUGCUGGAGAAACUCAGCGGGUGCAGCAGCAUCUAUGGAGCGAAGGAAAUAAGCAACGUAAUGCCUAUGGGGAGAAAUGGAUGCGA